AUGGAGAACUUCACCUCACCCAACCGCACAUUGGGCCCCUGGAAGAGCCCCGGUGUGGAGUAUCAGGUCCUCAGCGCUCUCCUGGUGUUCACCAUCUGCGCCUUGGGGAUGGUCGGGAACGUGAUGGUCAUCUUGGUGGUGCUCACCACGAAGCACAUGCGCACUCCGACCAACUGUUACCUGGUGAGUCUGGCCGUGGCGGACCUGACGGUGCUGACGGCUGCCGGGCUGCCGAGCGUCGCGGACAGCGUGUACGGCUCGUGGGUGUUCGGCCACGCCGGCUGCCUGGGCAUCACCUACCUGCAGUACCUGGGCAUCAAUGCGUCGUCGUGCUCCAUCAGCGCGUUCACGGUGGAGCGGUACAUCGCCAUCUGCCACCCGAUCAAGGCGCAGUCCCUGUGCACGUACGCGCGCGCCAAGAGGAUCAUCCUGGCCGUGUGGCUUUUCACGUCGCUCUACUGCGUCAUGUGGUUUUACCUGAGCGACACGCAGGAGCUCGUGUACGCCGACGUGACCGUCGUGACCUGCGCCUACAGAGUGUCCCGGGAACUUUACUUACCGGUUUACUUUUUCGACUUCGGCGUGUUUUUCGUGCUGCCUCUCGCACUCGCGACCGUCCUGUACGGACUCAUCGCGAGAAUUCUGUUCCUGAACGCGUUACCGAGACAGAAGGCGAAGAACCGGGAGCACGGCUCCGGUAUCAAACACUCGGUUCAGUGCUCGAGCACUACAGCCGCCUCGCGCAGACAGGUGAUAAAGAUGCUGGCAGUGGUGGUGGUUCUAUUCGCAGUGCUCUGGAUGCCUUACCGCACCCUAGUGGUGGUCAACUCUUUCCUCCAGGAGGCUUACCUGGACACCUGGUUCCUGCUUUUCUGUCGCACUUGUGUGUACCUGAACAGUGCCAUCAAUCCUCUUAUCUACAACGCCAUGUCGCAGAAGUUCCGUGCCGCCUUUAAGAGGCUUUGCAGAUGCAGUUCGAAGGCGCAGGCAAAGCAGACAGCUUACAGUGUGGCCCUGACCUACAGUACUGCGAAAGAAACCUCCAUGAUCGAGAGCACAGAGCGUUUUUCAACAGAGAUGGAUGAUCUCACAGAAGAGCCAAAUGAUCUCAGAGAAGAACUGGCACCUAACCACAAGGUUCUUGACUGA